AUGUACAUGCAUGCAUGGGCGUUUAAUUCCAAUUGCUGUAUACCACAAAAUAUCAAUAACUAUUAUUUCAUGGAUCAUGACGAUGACGACGGAGGUUCCAAGGACCACAAAAAGGAUGGUCGAGGAGGGGUGGAGGAAGUGAUCAAAUACCGCGGGGUUAGGAGGCGGCCAUGGGGGAAGUUUGCUGCGGAGAUUCGUGACAUUGAUAGGAACGGUAAAAGGGUUUGGCUAGGGACAUUUGAAACGGCAGAGGAGGCAGCUAGAGCUUACGAUAGAGCCGCCUACCAAAUGAGAGGCCACAUGGCGGUUCUUAAUUUUCCUGCUGAAUACCCACCAACGUUUUCUGCAGCUGCUUACACGGCUGCCAUGUCAGGAGAAGGAGAGUGUUCUUCUAUUGGUAAUGUGCAAGGAAGGCAAGUGUUUGAAAUCGAGUACUAUGAUGAUAAGCUGUUAGAGGAACUUCUUGAUUACAAAUAAAAAUUGUUAAGAAGGUAUAAUGUUGCACUUUUCAUUUGUCAUUCAACUAGUUGUUUCCCAACGUGCGCUACCGCGCUGAUUUUUUCAGUUGUGGUUUUCUGUUUUUAGUCAACAAUAUAUAGUUUAAAGAUAAAAGUACCAAAUCUGCUAAUAGUAUUGUUAUAUACAAAAC